ACCAAAUAAGGGAAAUGAGUUAUGGAGGGGAACAUUGCAGAGACAUUAAUGUGGAUAAUUUGAUAUUGGAGCCUCAUAGCCACCGUGAUAUCAUCAUGUCUCUCUUUCAUGAAGGUGCAUAUAAGUAUUGACUGGACAUGGUGUUUUGGAGAUCCAACCUAUUCUAUGAAAGAAAGCGCGGAGAUCUACUGGGAGAGGUCAAAAAAUACUUAGCCUCAAGAAAUUUCACCAAGAAGACAGUCAUCGUCAAAGUACAAGAGUCUUUGACGGUUGCGCAAGCCAAAGAUAACAACAAUGAAAAUUUGGCUGUCUUUGGACAAGCAGAAGCUAUUACAGUUGCUCUGCAUGAUUCUCUACUUAGCUACAUGUCUGUAUCAUAGAAUUUUAGCAGAUGGUCAGUCGCCUUAAAGCUAAUGAAGAAAAUGAAAAUUACGUGUGAAGAGCAAGCAAACAAAUUAUCUAGGGUUGACUCCGAAUUCCAAUCCAAGAAGACCUUGACGAUGGAAGAUGUUCAGACCCU